CCUCCUCCUCCUCCUCCUCAUCUCCUCUCUUAUCCCCCUCUCUUCCUCUCCUCUACUCCUCACCCUCGCCAUGAAACCCUCGGGAGGAGGAGGAGGAGGAGGAGGAGGAUAUCUCCAGCAUCGUGCUCCGGAGGUGCCGUUCCACCUGUUGGAGAUCACGGUGAUCUCGGCGCAGGACCUGCACCCAUGGUCGCGGCGCGUGCGCGCGUACGCGGCGGCGUGGGUGCGCCCCGACGAGAAGCUGCACACGCAGGUGGACCGCUCGGGCCACACCAACCCAACGUGGAACGACAAGUUCGUGUUCCGCGUCGACGGCGCCUUCCUCCGCUCCGACACCUCCGCGGUCACCGUCUCCAUCCACGCCUCCCGCCCCCGCCUCGCCCCGCGCCCCGACCCCGUCCUCGGCGUCGUCCGCGUCCUCCUCUGCUCCUUCCUCCCCCGCCGCGUCGCCGCGCUCCAGGUGCGCCGCCCCGCCUCUCUCCGCCCCCAGGGGAUCCUCAACGUCGCCGUGGCGCUCCUCGACCCCUACAUCCUCAGCAUGCCGCUCUCCCGCGCGCCCCCCGCCUUCGUCCUCAAGGACCUGCCCAUGGCGGCGCCGCGGCCCAGGCCGGUGAAUCGGAGUGGGAAGAGGAUCGACGAGGAGGAGGAGGACGACGACGACGAGGGUUUCGAGCAGGAUCCGGAGAAGGGGGCGUUAAUGGUGGAUCGAUCGGGGCCGUUGGAGGAGCGUAGGUCGGCGGAGAUGAGGGAGAGGAGAGAGCUCGAGUCGAAGAUCGAGAAGUGGAAAACGGAGCUCUCGCCAGAGCACGACGCGGCGGAGCGGAAGAGUCGGAGUCGGAGUCGGAGGAGCUCCUGCUUCUGCGGUGGGCCCGAUUGGGAGCGUUAAUUUAAAUUCAAAAAUUCUGAAAAAAAAAUUCAAAAAUUGGGACGAGGGAGGGCUAAAAAGCAAAUUCGAAGAACUUAAGGGGCCUGGUCUUUUUUUUUUUUUCAUUUUGUUAUAUUUUUCCUGUAUUUUACUUCCUGUUUUUAUUUAGUGGUCGUAAGAUUAGGAUGUGUAUUGAUUUGGUGGAAGCUUUGUGGUAGAAAUUUUCUCACGAAGCUUUCCUCAGGUGCAAAGUGUAAAAUAGAUUCCUUUCC